CGACAACACCAACAACAGCAAGAACAAAGAAGUAACCUCCUUUCGUCUUCAGAUACAAUACUUACAAGUGUUGGUCGGCCAUCAUCCUAUUACUAGUACGACAAUAGAAUAGAAAGACUGAGAAAUGGCUGGUGGGAAAGAUGACAGCAGCCAGUGGGAAUUCAAUCCUCGUUGGAAGGGGUACCUGUACAUUCUCAUAACCAGUUUGGUCAACUUUGCUUCCAUUAGCAAUUUGGAAGUAAAUGACAAUCCGCAAUUUGAUGGAAUGUACCAACUCAGCUUGGUAUUUGGAAUUGCCACAUUUGCAUUGACCGUCAUCAUUCUAGCCAUGGACCGAUUCCAGUAUUGCUUUGACAAGGAAAAUGCCGACAAACUCAACUAUGAAAAGGCGCUGGAUGGGAAACUAGAGGGAUAUACGUUAUUGGCAUUCACUCUGUGGUGGAUUGUGGGGGUAGCCCACAUUACUCAAGUCGAAGGAGUGGGCUAUGUCGCCAACAAUAUCUACUUUAGUUCCUGGCUCACUCUCUUUUCCUGUAUCUACACACUCGACAAGUGGUCCGCUGCCAAGGACAUUCUAUCCAUUCGAGAACUCACGGGAAUCAGUGCUACCCUUCGCACGUGGUAUGUACUCUUCCUAUCGUCACUCGUCACCAUGGGAACCUGCUGUGAUUUGCACGUCAAACUCGCAACGACCCAUCGCAGUUCCGCUGCCUAUGGGAUUGCCUUGGGCCUCGGGUCUUCCAUGGUAUCCAUAUUUUUCAUUCUGGUACAUUAUCGAUUCAUUGAUUACGAAUUCCUACAAGUCGGCGGAUGGAUUGAACUGUCGGCAUCCUUCUUUAUGAUAUUGCUAUGGAUUGUCGGUGUCGCCAUUUUAACCUCGGAAGGAGGCAUUGCCGCCACCAUUGGAGGAUCGGGAUGUACCACACGAGCACAGUACAAAUAUGAUGUCAAUUGGGAGAACGAAUGUCAUAUCGUCUACAUUCCCCACGGCGCACAAGAAGAAGAAAGUAGUGAGGAUGGAGAAGAAGAAAAAGAACGCACACAGAAACCAGCAGAGGAACUACAAUCCACCAUGCCACCCAUACCCAACGAAACAUUGCAACCUUCCAACAGUCCGUCCCAAUUCCCAACAGAGACCAUGACACUUUCCCCCACAGGUGACGACGAAAACAACACAACAGAAGCACCAUGGAUCCAAAAUGAUACCAGCAGUCCCACCAAUGCUCCCACAGUCUCUCCCACAGAAACCUCAUUGCCACCACUCAAUGACACAAUCAAUAUACUGGAGGAUGAUGAUGAUUUUCUGGUUGAUUUUAUCAAUGCCACCAUGGAUUCGUCCCAAGGCAGUAGCUUGGCGCCUGACUUUCUCAUUGAUGCCGAAGAAGAGGACGAGGACUUAUUGGAAUCGACGGUGGAUAUUCUCGGGGACGAAUCCAAUCAAACCAACACGACAACAAAUAAUGCCUCCACGGUACUACCGGUAGUAGAUGACAACAACCAACAACGGUCCCUACAACUACUACAACAACAAGCCAACAACACCACCAAGAAUAAUAUUUCCCUCACAUUCGCCGCAUCGGGAACGAUCGCUUCCAAACCACCUCGCGCAACCGAUAGCCCCACACCGCAACCCAGCAUAUUCCGCGAACGAAUGUCGUGCGCGGAUGUUCUCGACCAACAAAUCCCCGGAUCCAACCUCUAUUUGGCUUGUUGGAUCUGUUUCUUUGCUUCCUUUAAUAUUACCUUGCGGUGGAAGGCGGCUCAAGCCAUGCAAUUUGCACAAGCGCAACAUCGAAAAUCGUCGGAACGUGCCCGACGAAGAAUGGAAGAAAAGGAAGCCAACGAAGAGGAUGAUGUUGACGUGGAUGAUGGGGAUCCCGUUGGGGACGAUGGACUGUAGUAAUAUAUACUACACAGGCGCGUGCAACCUAGCUAGCUAGCUAGCUAUCCAGAACGUACAUUUGUGAUAUAUCUGCCCACGAUUCAUCGUACGACGUGUAUUCUUGUUUACAGUACAGUGGGGUGGGUCCUUUACAUUCCGCCCCAGUAGCAACUACAUAGCGCAUUGUUGUUUUGUCUGUUUGUGUACUUACUUCUUGCCAGCUUUCUUCUUGGGUGCCUUUUUCUUUUCGGUUUUGCCUUUCCCCCGUUUUUUAUUAUUGGAUGAUGAUUGUUGUUGUUGUGCCUCUUGUUCCUUUUCCAGUUUUUCGUAGUGUUGUUUGGUGAGACUGUACAGCAAGACACCUGAAAUACCCACGGCGGAUCCAAUACCCGCCUGUAGUGAAAUUUGAUUUCGAAAGACCAUGACGGACGCGACCAUGAUAAAGACUCGUUUCAUGGUAUUUCCCACAGCCAAUGUGACGGGAUGUACAUUGGAGAGUGCGAGAUACAUGACUUCAUUGUUGAGAUAGUGGAACAAUCCCGAGAGAACAAUGGCUUUUAUCAAGGCAAAGGUUCCUUGUUCCGCCACGGCCGUUUGCCAUAACGACGGCAAUACCACUUGUUGGAGUGUCUCGGGAUCGGCCGUAGUCCCUGCCGAUUGCCAAAAGGACACGCCUUCGGUAGCGAGUGCCAAUGGAAUGGAGAUCCAAAAUGCCGCACACGUGACGAGUCCAAAUAUAUUGGGUGCGGUCAAGUUGGUUCCCAAAUCACCACUGGAACUCAUGGCAAUUUUGGAAAGAACUGCGCGGAGUGCAAAUGCCAAGUUACUUCCCAUGGCAGUUCCAAAUGCCAACCAAGAAAAGCUCUUUUCUUUUAAACAGGCAUAUCCGACACCUCCCACGACGGGAAUCAAGGUCGCAUAGACGACGGGAUGCAUCCAUUUUCCAAAAUACAGUGCCGCCACGAGGGCACUAAAGAAUGGUUCCAAUGCCUUGACAAUAUGAGUAAAGGAAACGGGUCCAGCUCCGAGACUGACCAUGGAUAAGAGUUGUCCGACACAAUGCCAAAAUCCUACGGUUCGCACGGCAUGACGAGCUUGCGGACUACUCAGUUGUGGUUUGGCGCGCAAUCGCAACAACCACAAGAGUGCCACGUAAAGCGCCCCGACUCCAAAUUGAAUGGAUCCCACAAUCAGUGGUGCCGGUAAGACAUUUAAUACUUUCUUGUUGACGACUGUUGAAUGGACAGGAAAUGGAAUGAAAAAGGUUAGGAGAGAAAUAUAUGUUGACAAGCUUGAUAAUUCUUGUCCAACUUACUGUUGUAGAAAAUGUUGAGAGCAUACCAGAGUGCAAAAUAGAAUCCGACCUUGAACCGUUCCACUAGACUUGCCAAAAAGGAUUCGGAAGCUGCUGUAUCUGUGGCUGUGGCAGUAGCACCACCACCACCACGAGUCGCCACCAACAAUGCAUCUUCAUUGUCAUUGUCACUAUCUUCUUCUACAAGUAGUCUGCUGCUGGACACAUCUUCCAGUAACGUACUACUAGUAGCAGGGGUAUGUUUGCUGCUGCGAUGAUCCAAAGUGGCCAUCCUCUUGUUGUUGGGUGGUAUUCCAAAUCUGGCAAACGACCGGCUGGGAGUACUGGUACCAGUAGCAGCACCCACCAGGCCAGUCGUACAAGCAACGACAACAAAGAGACGAAGGGGCACUCCUGAAACAAAUCUCAUACUGAUAUCUGGCACUCUUUUCCAGUCAAUCAAUCAAUCAAUCUAAAAAGGUAGCUUCUCUAGCUCCACAAAAGAAGAAGUCUGCCUCGUAUCGUCUGCUCCAAAAACCACCAAGACAAUGGCAGAUACUACUGUACCCGUGUAACUGGCUAUCGAUAGCUUAGAAGAAGAAGAAACCCAUUCAUUCGAAAGGAAGAGUCCAACGGUCGUCUCUAUGUCAUCGAUCGACCCGUUGCAUGAUCCCACAACCGCACACUCUUGUCCAUGGGAGGUGUCAAAACGAAGGACGAUGACGUGCACCCAAAGAUCUUUUUCCUUGAUUGGCUU